UUAUUGGAUUUGAUCCAAAUGUUGGGAGACUCUUCAAGCAGUACCUUGUGCUAUUAAUUAUCAGCCAGAUGGCUUCUGGAUUAUUCCGAGCUAUUGCAGCACUUGGUAGAAAUAUGAUUGUCGCCAACACAUUUGGAUCCUUUGCAGUUCUCACUCUUCUUGCAUUAGGUGGCUUCAUUUUGUCAAAAAAGGAUAUCAAAAGCUGGUGGAUUUGGGGUUUCUGGAUUUCACCUUUGAUGUAUGGGCAGAAUGCUCUGAUGGUCAAUGAAUUUCUCGGAAACAGUUGGCACAAUGUAAUUUUCUUGAACUUGCAACUUUAGAAUUUGAAUACUUUU